GUUUCAAUUAAACAUUCAAAAAGUUAACACGUACCGCUAAUAAUUGCCCGAAAUGAAAUUAUUAUUAUUGUUCAGCCUGCUGGGCGUGCUGAGCAUUGCAAAUAGCAGUGCGAAUCUCAUUUGCUAUUAUGACUCAACUUCAUUUCUGCGCCCGGGCUUGGCUAAGCUGGAUACUCGCAGCUUGGAAUUGGCGCUGCAGUUCUGCUCUCACCUGGUCUACGGCUAUGUUGGACUCAAGCCCGGCACUCACGAGGUGUUUAGCUUAAAUGUGGAUCUCGAUAUGUUUCAUUUCAGGGACAUAACUCAGUUGCGUGCCAAAUAUCCGCAGCUGAAAGUGCUCUUGAGUGUGGGCGGAGAUCGAGAUGUGGAUGAACAGCAUCCCAACAAAUAUCUCGAAUUGCUGGAAGCGAAUCGCACUGAACAGCAGAACUUCAUCGAUAGCAGCAUGCUGCUGUUGCGUAAAAAUGGUUUCGAUGGCCUGGAUUUGGCAUUUCAGUUCCCGAAAAAUAAGCCAAGGAAAGUGCAUGGGACUAUUGGCACCUACUGGAAAAAGUUUAAGAAACUAUUUACUGGAGACUUUGUCGUUGAUCCGCUGGCGGCACAGCACAAGGAUCAGUUUUCUGAACUGGCUAGAAACAUUAAAUCAGCCUAUCAAAGUGCCAAUUUACUGUUAACAUUGACGGUGCUGCCCAACGUGAACUCCACUUGGUAUUUUGACGUGCCAAAGCUACAUCCCUUGAUGGACUUCAUUAAUCUGGCUGCCUUCGAUUUCUACACGCCCAUGCGGAAUCCCGAAGAAGCUGACUAUACUGCUCCAAUCAUGUUCCUCGACGAGCAACAGCGGCUGCCCCAUCUCAACAUUGACUUCCAGUUAAAUUACUGGCUGCAGCAUCGCUGCCCGCCUCAAAAGAUCAACCUGGGCAUCGCCACCUAUGGACGAGCGUGGAAAUUGUCAAAGGACUCGGGCCUGAGUGGGGCGCCAGUUGUGUCAUGUACCAUGGGAGUGGGUGAUGGUGGGCUGCAGAUUAACAGCACCGAGGGCUUGCUCAGCUGGCCAGAGAUUUGCUCGAAGCUACCGCAAAAUCAGACGGCCAUCUAUCGCGGUGCGAAUGCACCGUUACGGAAAGUCACAGAUCUUACGCAAAAAUAUGGAAACUAUGCGCUACGUCCGGCCGAUGAGCAGGGCGAACACGGCCUAUGGGUGAGCUACGAUGAUCCCGACUUUGCGGGCAUCAAGGCCGUAUACGCCAAAAACAAGGGUCUCGGCGGCGUGGCCUUGUUCGAUCUGAGCUACGACGACUUCCGUGGUCUUUGCACGGGCCAGAAGUUCCCGAUUGUUCGCUCAGUAAAAUAUUUUCUAGGCUAGAUUAUUGUUUUUCUCUUAGCGAAUUUCGUAAUUUUAAUUCUAAUCAGCUAGCUUGAUUCAAUGCUUCGACUUGUGGCCUCGCCGCCUGAAUCGGCUCAAUAACUUUGAUUACGCAAUUAAACUAUUCUAAGAGCAUAUGUAAAAUAAUAAUAAAAAUAAAACUUGUUCUUGACUCGA